GCUUUCUUCAAAACAUCAAAAAAGUCAUUCACCGAAAGCGUACGACGAAGAUAUAAACAAAAUUCUGUCCGUAAAAUAAUUAGAUUUUUUCAUUGAAAAACGGACAUUUUUCUAGAGAAAUUAGUUGCAAAGGUUGACCAACGAUGACCUCCGUUCAUACACCAUCAGUUGCCCUUAGCAAAUAUCGAGACCAGCAUUUUAAGGGAUCUCGCCACGAACAGGAACGGCUGCUACGGCUCACAUCUACCUUAUACAUUGGCAAUCUAAGUUUCUACACCACGGAGGAACAGAUACACGAGCUGUUUUCGCGAUGUGGCGACAUCCGGCGCAUAGUGAUGGGAUUGGACAAGUUCAAGAAGACGCCGUGCGGUUUCUGCUUCGUGGAGUAUUACGCCCGGGACGAUGCGGAAAGCGCUAUGCGGUACAUCAACGGAACGCGACUAGAUGACCGGAUUGUGCGUGUGGAUUGGGAUGCCGGUUUCGUCGAGGGACGACAAUACGGUCGCGGAAAGAGCGGCGGACAGGUGCGAGACGAGUACCGACAGGAUCACGAUCUCGGCCGCGGCGGAUAUGGCAAAAUGGUCCAGAUGGGACAGCUGGGGGCGAACAUGAGAGACAGCUAGGCGUGAGACCCCGAAGGAGUUUCGGAUCGUGGGCGAAGUUAUUUUAAGAUUAUGAUUAUACAUAGGACGCGUAAAUUAAACAUUGAAAGAAUGAAUUUCGUCACUUA